GGUAUUUCCGCUAUGUAAGUUGACGUAAUGUUUGAAAAAAUUAUAUUUUUGGGGUUAGGCUUAAGUAAAAAGAGCUGUCAUAUUCCUAACUUGCUUAGUUGCAAAUUUAUAUCAAGAAGAAUGAGUUAUUCUAUUGUAGAACGAGGAUCUCCAUUUUCAGCUGAUUACAGAGUUUACUUGGAGGAUCAAAAUGGACCAAUCUCCCCUCUUCAUGACAUUCCACUUGUGGUUGAUGCUAAUAAAAAGGUUUUCAAUAUGCUGGUAGAAAUACCAAGAUGGACUAAUGCUAAAAUGGAAAUUACAAUGAAAGAAAUUUUGAAUCCAAUCAAACAAGACAUUAAAAAAGGCAAACCACGUUUCGUUUCGAAUUGUUUCCCCCAUCACGGCUACAUUUGGAACUAUGGCGCCCUUCCGCAAACGUGGGAAAACCCCGAACACCUCGAUGACGGCACUGGAUGUAAAGGUGAUAAUGAUCCCAUUGAUGUCAUUGAAAUUGGUUAUAGGGUAGCGAAACGCGGAGAAGUUCUAAAUGUUAAAAUAUUAGGAACUAUCGCAUUAAUUGACGAAGGCGAAACUGAUUGGAAACUUAUCGCUAUCGACGUCAACGAUCCGUUAUCCGAAUAUAUCAACGACAUUCCCGACAUAGAAAAACAUUUUCCAGGUUUAUUGAAAGCUUCGGUCGAAUGGUUCAAAAUUUACAAGAUCCCAGAUGGAAAACCGGAAAAUCAAUUCGCUUUUAAUGGAGAAGCUAAACCUGCAGCUUUCGCCCAUAAAAUCAUCGAUGAGGUGCACAAAUUCUGGAAAAGCUUGGUAUCAAAAGAAGUUGAUGCCAAAGGGAUAUCAUGCGUAAAUACAACUUUAGAUGGAAAUUCUUUCAAUAUUAGUUAUAAUGAAGCUAAAGAAGUGAUCGAGAAAACUCCCGAAUACGGACCAGCACAAUCCGUCGAUCCAAUAGUUGAUAAAAUUUUCUUUGUAUCGCCGUCAUGCCAAUGCAAGCUUUAACAUUUAGUCGACAAAUGGCACUACGUCCAUUUGAAGUGAAAAAAAUGGGAAUUUCUUCAUACUAAAUGGAAGCGUUCAGAUAUUUUUAUGAUU